GGUAGCCGUUGGUUCCAGGUCAGGACAACGGCACGUCGUCACCUCGCGCUCUCACGCACAUCGUUCACGCUGACAUCAAACUUUUUUUUUAUGAAAGUGCUGUUCGGCUCGCUAACAAAAAAAAGAGUCCAGUUAAUGUGUAAAUAUGUCGAAGGACUCGUGGGCAGUUGCCGUGGAUGUCCAAGAAGCGAGUUCAUCUUCACAGUUCGACAGCAAAAAAGUUCGAGGUCUGCGCAGCCAACUGUCAGACGUUAAUGGGAACCAAGCGCCGGACACCAGUGAAAAUGAAGUCUGGAGAAAAGAUGGCGACAAGGUGGACCUCGCAGAGCAGUCGCUGCUUAAUAAAAUCAUUCGCCGCUCUCUGGUGCGGAACAGAAACCAGGUGGAGGUCCUGCAGCGGGACCCCAGCUCUCCCCUGUAUUCUGUGAAGACCUUCGAGGAGCUCAGGCUGAAACCUGAGCUGCUGAAGGGUGUGUACAACAUGGGUUUCAACAGACCAUCCAGAAUCCAGGAGAAUGCCUUGCCAAUGAUGUUGGCACAGCCACCUCAGAAUCUGAUCGCCCAGUCACAGUCUGGAACCGGUAAGACUGCUGCUUUUUCUCUGGCCAUGCUCAGCCAUGUAAACACAGCCAAUAAGUGGACUCAGUGCCUUUGCAUCGUGCCAACGUAUGAGCUCGCUCUGCAGAUCGGUCAAGUCAUCGAGCAAAUGGGGAAAUUUUGUCCUGAUGUGAAAAUGGCCUACGCCAUUCGGGGCAACAGAAUGGAACGAGGCACCAAGCUGCAGGAGCAGAUUGUCAUUGGAACACCAGGCACAGUCCUCGACUGGUGCACCAAGUACAGGCACAUCGACCCCAAGAAGAUUAGUAUGUUUGUGCUGGAUGAGGCUGAUGUGAUGAUCGCCACACAAGGUCAUCGGGACCAGAGCAUACGUAUCCAUAGAAUGCUCACAAAGGACUGUCAGAUGCUCCUGUUCUCUGCGACCUUCGAGGACUCGGUGUGGAGGUUUGCAGAGCAGGUGGUCCCUGAUCCCAACAUCAUCAGACUGAAGCGCGAAGAGGAGACGCUUGACACCAUCAAGCAGUUCUAUGUGCUCUGUAAGGAGAAGGAGGACAAGUUCACAGCACUCUGUGACCUGUAUGGCUGCCUUACCAUCGCACAGGCCAUGAUCUUCUGCCAUACUCGCAAGAUGGCUUCUUGGCUGACCACAAACCUGAUUAAAGAGGGCCACCAGGUGGCUUUGCUGAGUGGGGAAAUGACGGUGGAGCAGAGAGCGGCAGUCAUCGAACGCUACAGGAAUGGCAAGGAGAAGGUGCUCGUGACCACGAAUGUGUGCUCUAGAGGUAUUGAUGUAGAACAGGUGUCACUGGUGGUCAACUUUGACCUCCCGAUGGACAUGGACGGGAAUGCCGACAAUGAGACAUACCUUCACCGGAUCGGCCGCACAGGACGUUUUGGCAAAAGAGGAUUUGCUGUCAACAUGGUCGACAGCAAGCACAGCAUGGAUAUAAUCAACCAAAUCGAGAUGCACUUCAACAGGAGAAUCAAGAAACUCGACCUGAGCAAUCUUGACGAAAUUGAGUUCCUGCAGAGCUGAACGCUUUGCGACAUGCUCAACAUCGAUACCGAAUCAGUUAGACGUUACCUCAAAUGUGACUUGAGUUCUUUCAAGCAUUCAUUGUUUGCAUUUUAUUGUUUACAGAAGAGAGAUGCAUGCUGAUGUUAACUAUGCAAGGUUAUUUCAAGGCAGCGAUUUGUGCCAAAGUUUACACUUAGAUUUAAUUUGACUAGUCACUGAAGUCACCUUAAGCCUUAAAGCAGUCUCGCAGACUAUAAAGCAACCACUGACUGUUAAAACAGCAUUUAAGAUGGGUGGUGAUAAUUAUACAUUGUGUGCGGUGUUGUGUGUUAUUUAAUUUUUUUUGAUUAUCUGAAGUGGAUUGUAGGUUUGGUGGGAUAUCAGGUCUCAUCUAUAGACGUUUGCAUGGCGUGAUCAAGUUUGAGUGCCGAUAUAAUAUCCUUGAGUGACUUGAAGCAUUUUAAGGAAUAAAUGCCUGUUUCAGCCGAGUGGAAGCUGCCAAUUAGUUUCCUCAUAACUUAAUUUGAUUGUUCUAUCAGACUGUGAAUCUGGAGGUGUUACCCAGUGUUUGUGUGGAUAAAAAAAAAAAAAUAUACUGUUGCAUGUC